UGGUCCAGAGGAGCAUAGCACAGUGAGACAGAGACACAGACAGAGAUUGGAUUAGAGGGAAAGUAUAGGAAAAGAAGAACAGCGUGUUGAGAGAUUUACAAAGAUUUUUAAAAAUAUAUAUAUAUAUAUAAAGCCUACUAGAAAGUUUCGUCAUUUGUGCUUUUUGCCAAGUAGCUCAACUCAGAUAAAGACAAAGAUGCCUAACUUUGCAGGGAACUGGAAGAUGAAAAGCAGCGAAAAUUUCGAAGAGCUCCUCAAAGCCCUCGGGGUGAAUGCCAUGCUAAGGAAAGUGGCCUGCGCUGCGGCCUCCAAGCCUUCAGUGGAAAUCCGUCAGAAUGGAGAGCAGUUUUACAUCAAGACCUCGACCACUGUCAGGACCACGGAAAUCAACUUUCACAUAGGAGAAGAGUUCAACGAGGAAACAGUGGAUGGGCGAAAAUGCAAGAGCCUGGCCACGUGGGAGACGGAAAAUAAGAUGGCCUGUAAGCAGACGCUGUUGGAUGGGAACGGACCGAAGACGUACUGGACCCGAGAGCUGAGAGGGGAGGAGUUAAUCCUGAUAUUCGGAGCCGAUGAUGUGGUGUGCACAAGGGUUUAUGUGCGUGAAUAAGCCACCCCGAGAACCGGAUGAAGAAAUCAGUCAGUGCUCACAGGAGUGACACUUCAUUUCCACUUUACAUUACAGGGCCUUUUGUACCAAUUUUUAAAAACCUGUGGAAGAGCUGUCUUACACAUACUGUACUAGACAUAGUAUAGCUCUUUAUACUGUACUCAGAUAGUGCUUGGUGUAGGGCGUAUAGACAAGUUUAAUACUAUGUAAGUGCUAUUCAUACUAUAGCUUACUUUUUUUUAAAUAUGUUUUUAUGUUUAAACAUUUUGUACUAGUUUCAUUAAAAUGACUUGAAAGAAAA